UUUUUCCGUAUAAUACGAUGAAAUUGCUAAUAUUUUAUUAUUUAAACAAAAACGUCACGGAUUUAUAGUCCAAAAUACAAAUUCAACCAACAACAAAAGGCCUUGUUUUGGUGGUACUAGACUAUACGGUGGAAUAUUUUUUAAAUAAAUUUUAUUAAAAAUGUUAAGAAAUGUAUUAAAAAUUAGAAAUUUGUUAGCAACAACAAGUUGGCAGCCAUUACAGAAAGAUUUUGUACUAGCGGCUGCUGUUGGGUCCAGACGUAAUAUUGGUUUGCAGCAUGGCGAAAAUGAUCCCUACUAUGCUGGUACAAUGGCUGAAGUCAAAGAAGAAACCAUGAAUCGUUUGGGCUUAGAACACGGCUACUCUCCAGUGCCCAAGACCCGUGAACAUCUCUUGAAUUAUGAACCGAAAGUAAACGAUUUACCACCACGUUCUAUGCAAGAUUCUUUUACCUCGGCCAUUUUGCCAUUGAGUGAGGACAAGACUUUGCAAGAUAAAUACAUCUCAUUUUUGGGUAAUGUACGUCUGGGUCGUUUAAUGGAGGAUAUGGAUAUGUUUGCCGUCUGGGUGUGUCAUCAACAUAUCAAGCCCAACAAUCUGCCAGAAAAUGUACCCUUGCCAUACACUUUUGUAACCAUUUUAGUGGACAAAAUAACAUUUUCCGAUGUAAGAGCUAAAGCCACCGAAGAUAUCAGAAUAUCGGGUCAUGUUACAUGGGUGGGUAAGAGUUCUAUGGAAAUUGUGGUGUGGAUAGAACAAAAAGAUCAUAAUGUGUGGAGAAAAAUCACUAGAGCUUUGUUUCUAAUGGCGGCCCGUAAUGCCACAAAUACGGCGGCAGCUCCCGUCAAUCCCAUACAACCGGCCAACGAUGAAGAAAUUAAGAUAUUAAAUGGUGGCGAAGAACGUAAAAAGCGUCGUCAGAUACUGCAGGCAUCAUCGAUUUUCAAAGUAGAACCCAACAAUUAUGAACAAUCGCUAAUGUACAACUUGUUUAAGAGAACUACCCCUCAAACAACCAUGGAAUUGAAUACACGUGUUUUGCCCGCCAAAUGCCGCUGGAUGUCCGACUCAUUUGUUACCAAUACCAUGGCCUCGUUUCCGGAAAAUCGUAAUGCUCAAAAUACAGUAUUUGGUGGUUUUCUAAUGCGCAAUGCUUUGGAAAUUAGCUGGGUGGGGGCCAGUCUCUAUUGCAAGAGUCGCCCGAAAUUGGAGCAUAUUUGCGAUAUAAGCUUUGAAAAGCCUGUUAGUGUGAAUUCAAUCAUUAAAAUGACCGCCUAUGUGGUGUAUACGGAUGUUAACUAUUUGCAAAUGAUGACUGUGGCCGAUGUAAUUGAUGCCGCCACUGGCAAUCAAUUGACUUCGAAUGUUUUCUACUAUACCUUCUCUUCGGCGGAAGAGGUGCCCGAAGUGUUGCCCAGAUCGUAUCAUGAAACUAUGUGGUAUAUACAAGGUCGCCGUAAGUUUAAAUAUGCUUUGGGUUUGGAGUAAAAUUAUAGUGGCAGAAUGAAAUAUUUUAGUUUUAUUUAGAAAGUAUAAGUUAAAUAGUUCAAAGCUUUUUUGUAAUAUUUAAUUAAAUUAAGCUUUGCAUAGAGCUUAAAUCAUAGAUAAAUGCACAUAGAUCGGAAACUCUCCUGUCAAAGACCUAACCCAGUUGUCAAAAACAUAUGGGGUGAGAAUGUAUGUGAAAUUAAAGAUUAGAUUUUUAUCUAGUUUCCGCUCUAUGUUUCUCUAUGGCUUAAAUUGUUUUUAAUAAUAUUCUAUGUUAUUGGGCCUAUUAUUGUGUUGUAAAUUCAAUCUUCAUCCAAUUGCAAAAAAAUACAUAUAGAGACCUCGUGCUUAAUUAAUGAAGAUUGAAUUUAAUUUAUUUCUGUUAAGAAAAAUGUCGUUAUUAAAUAUUUAAUUAUACAUAAGUACUUAUUUGUUUUAAAAAUUUUAAAAAUUUGAUUAAAUAAUUGUGA